ACCUGGACAAUAUGGUAUUCUUACUGUAAUAGCUACUGGAUAGUUGUCGUACUCAAUCAUCAUGGAAGCACUGAAAGCAAGAUUCCCGGAACUUGGCUUCCAUCCUCUACAAGCUCCUUCGUCGCACCCGCACUACUUGUAUGAUCCGUUCCACCCUUCGAGCCGUAUACUUGGAGCCGGGCACCAGAAGACAGAGGGGCGUCGUAAGUUUGAUGUCGAUACAAUCUUUGAGAAGGAUGUCGCUGUAAAGAUGAGAGACAACGCAACGCUAUUCACCGAUGUAUUCCGGCCGGUAAGCUCGGACGGCGAUGUGAAAGUGCCAGCCGUCCUUGCAUGGAGUCCCUACGGGAAAAGCGGCGGCGUCCAAACCUAUGACAGCAUGGGCCCUUUCCGAUGCGGUCUUCCCCUAGGAACGACAUCGGGUUAUGAGAAGUUUGAGGCGCCUGAUCCAGCCGAUUGGUGCGGUCGGGGUUAUGCAAUUCUCAACAUUGAUGCAAGGGGUGCUGGAGACUCAGAUGGUGACAUCGCCUUUUGGGGCGAGCAGGAAGCAGAAGACGUCCAUGAUACUAUUGGAUGGGCGUCACAACAGCCAUGGUGCAACGGUUCUGUCGCCAUGGCCGGAAACUCCUGGCUCGCCAUUGCGCAAGUCAACUAUGCAUCUAGAUAUGCCCACCCAGCGCUCAAAGCUCUUGCCCCAUGGGAGGCAGCGACGGACCCAUAUAGAGACCUACUCGCUCGGGGAGGCAUUCCCCAUACGCAUUUCGUCAGGAUGAUACAUAAUGGCAUGGCCGGAAAGGGCGGUAUGGAGGAUGCCGCAGCUAUGCUGGAAGUGCACCAUCCCUUUGUAGAUGAAUAUUGGGCGACGAAGCUUAUCCACACCGAAAAUAUUGACGUGCCACUGUACCUAACAGCUUCUUAUUCGACUGGUCUACACUCCAGAGGCUCCUUUGAUACAUUCAAGCGGGCCAAAUCAACGAAAAAGUGGCUCCGGGUGCACCCGUACCAGGAAUGGUGGGAUUUAUAUCGCAAGGAAGUCAAUGACGAAUUGCAGUCUUUCUUCGACAAAUACUGCAAAAAUAUGGACAAUACCUGGGAGUCGACACCACCGCUGCGUGUUUCAUUGCUUGGCUUUGAUGGAAGCCGUGCCAAGACCAUUGUAGAGCGACCGACGGAGAAGUAUCCUGUGCCUGGAACGGAGCACCGACGAUACUUCCUUGAUGCUUCGAAAGGCUCUCUGUCGUUGUCAAAGCCACAAAACGAGAUGAAGACCAGCCAUGAUGCACACCAUCUCACUGACUGUUCGGAUUUUGUGGUCCAAUUUGACGAAAACACUGAACUCGCCGGCUACCCCAUGGCAAAACUCUGCAUGUCCUGCGACGAGCACGAUGACAUGGAUGUCGUCGUCCAGAUACGCAAGAUCGGGAAAGAUGGGAUCCCGCUGGUUAGCAUGAACUAUAAAUGCCCAGUUCCAGAGCCAGAAGUACCCGACGUGAACAUCGCCAAGUUCUUAGGGCCUGACGGAAUGCUGCGGGCUAGCCAUCGGGUUUCAAGACGGAUGAUCGACGACAACUUAGAAUACGCUCAUGAUAGAGCUGAGAAAGUCCCACGAGGAGAAGUUGUUAGCCUAGAGAUUCCGAUAUGGCCCAUUGGCAUGGUAUUCGAAGCUGGUGAAGGUAUCAUGUUGAGAGUUGCUGGCCACGAUCUUCGACUGCCCGAGACUGAAAUGUUGAGAAGCGAUAAGCCUUUGGACGAGAACGUUGGGCGUCAUCAAAUACACACCGGCGGUCGGUGGGAUAGUUUCUUGGUUGUACCAGUAAUUGCAGAAGGCUGAAGGGCUGCGGUUGCACUGUGUAAUCGUCUGGGUGAGAAUCUGGAUUUUCAUCUAUUUAUUUUAUCUUUUUAUCUCGAAGAAUCCUGGUUCAUCUACGCGUGUCGCGAGGCAAACAAUCAAGCCCAAGCUUAGCGUAGCGUAGCCUUAGGUAGUUAGCUCACCUGGGCCAUCCCAGCCACCACAAAGCAAUGCAAUGUUCCUG